AUGUAUACUUUGAUCGCCCUACUUGCUUUUUCUACCGCGGCUUCGGCUUUGGAUUCUUCUCAUCGUGAGUUUCUCAAAAAUCCGUUCGAUUGACAGUAUCCGACUGUUUGCGUCUCUCUGUUCCCUUAUUGCCGAAAGAUCGAAAUAGCGCGUCAACAUGAGAUAGUCGCCGAGAAACGAGAAGAAUUAUUUUAAGUCGCCAAAAACGGACUGGAUAGCUCAUUUUGAAAAUCGUGUUGACAACGAGUCAUCUUGAAAAGAUCGAAAAUAGUCUACGAUCCUUCAAGAACUCCAAAAAACCUUUUCCUUUCUUUGUACUGCCCGACGUUCUCAAACGGGGUGGGAAGACGUCAAAAAAUAGUUUUGCGCGACGUUUGAAAUCUCAAGUACGCAGCCAAAGGCGAUCGAACAAACGAGUUAUUAGCGUUUAAUACUCAGUGUAAUUAUGACGUCAACUUUUCCUGAGCGUGCACUAUCCUAUUUUUGGAAAUUCAGAAACCUUGACGCCUUGUUCACCUUCUUUCACCCCAUUAGGAAUGCCGUGUGCCGCUUGAGCGGCGUCGGCGCCCCAAGCCGAUCAGCUGAUGUCCUAUCCUGAUAUCAGUGGACUGGCUUUAGUGAAACAUCCGCCCUUGAGUGUAACGCCUGGGGGUUUUGAAGUCAUGGUUGCUACCAACAUUUCUCAAACCCCUUGGCCGGGAUCGAACUUGUAACCCUGUGGACCGUAAUAAGGCACUCACCAUGUUGCGCUACGUCAAUAAACUAUGAAAUUUAUGGAAUGCGUCAGAUUUCAGAAUCCAUUAUCAAUGCGAUGAAGGACGCGGGCCUUUCUCCAUCCGCGAUUCAGGCGAUCAGCAAGAUUGGAACUGAGCAUGAGGUUAAUAUAAUAACUGUACCAUGUUAUCGAUUAAAUAUUUUUCAUUAAGAAUGAUGAUUCAUUUAUUAAACUUUGAAAUGAAAGGAAUGAUAAAAAUCUGAACUCCUUACUUUCAAAAAAAUGUCUUGAAUUUUGACCUAUUGCUUAGGAAGCCCUGCAAGCCCUUCAAGGCCAAUUAGCCAACCCGGCCGACGCCGUCAAAUCCCUCAACUCCGCCAUUCAAAAGUUCUUGUCCACCGCUUCUAAAUCCGACCAGAAGGCGUACAAAGUCUUCGAAGAGAAGAUGGCAAGCAACUACGGCGACUUUUUCGCCAAGGACAUGAAAAAAGCCGGCAUUUCUCAGGCAACGAUCGAUGGAGUUCUGAAGAUUGAGAAAAAGCAUGAGGUAGGUCUUCAGGAUCUUAAAAAUUAGUUUCAAGGAUCUAGGCAGCUCUGAAAGCCACGCGAGGAGAUUUGGUGGGCUUGAAAGCUGCGUUCGACGCUUUGAAGUCGGAAGUCAAGCAUUACAUUUCCGGAACUUCCGCUGCUGAUCAGGCCGCCUGGGAGAACUACGAGAAGAACAUGAAGUCUUCUUUUGGGACCAAAGCUACCUAG